UCUCUCUCUCUCUAGAAAUUAAAUUAAAUUAAGUUAAAGAUAAAAAGUGUGUGUAAGUGCGCAGAUGAGAAUGAGCUGCAAUGGUUGCCGAAUCCUCCGCAAAGGCUGCGCUGAAGACUGCAGCCUCAGACCUUGCCUUCAAUGGAUCAAAUCUUCUGAAUCACAAGCCAACGCCACCCUCUUUCUCGCCAAAUUCUACGGCCGCGCCGGACUUAUUAACCUCAUUAACGCCGGCCCCACCCAUCUCCACUCUGAAAUUUUUAGGUCAUUGCUCUAUGAAGCCUGUGGAAGGAUCAUCGACCCGGUCCACGGCUCGCUCGGCCUGAUGUGUUCCGGCAACUGGCCGCGUUGUCAGGCGGCGGUGGAGUCUGUUCUUCAAGGCGCUCCGCUCAUGAUGAAAGUCCCCGGCGCCAGCGACGGAGAAGAAUCAGCUUCCGCCGCCGAACCCAUCUUUCCUCUUCGUGGCUGCGACAUCCGCCACCUCUCGAAGGACUCCUCCUCCUCCGCCGCCGCCUCCCUCCACCGCGUCCGGUCCCGGAACCGGUUCAAGCGCUCCGCCGCCUCCAAGAGCCAACUCAACUCGUUCACCGCGGCCGAGUUCAUGGGCGAGUCGGAGGAGGAGGAGAAGUUCACCAUCACUGGAUGGGAAUGCCGCGAACAAGAAUUAUUAGAUAUGAAGAAUUUUAGCUAUGAGGAAAUGAAGAGGGCACACAGCCACGACUCGUCGGUCGAAACGGUGGAGCCCACCCUGGCGAACCGGGUUGAACAACCGGUCCGCCUUGUCAAACCGGAGCCGAGUCAGCCCUGCGAGUUAGGGCUCGAGUUGACAUUGGGCAUCAAUCCGGUGCACCAGGCUUACAUUUCUACGGUGAUUGAGAUUUCUGAUAGCGAAAGCUGAGCAGUAAAAAUACAUAAUUUUAAUUAAGUCCCAGUUUUGGAGGAGUUGUCAACUUUUUUAAUUAGGUUAUAAUCCUCUUUCUUUUUUUUUUUUCUUUUUUUUUUUUUGCAAUUAGAGAGCAUAGAUAAUAAUAUAUUGUAGUAAUUGCGUGAUUGUGUU